CUGUUUACCCAUAACUACCCAUCCAAAGCUACCAAACAAACACCCCGCUCAACGCGUAUUCUCUACAACUACCAUCACCAUGUCUGGCUUCAGCAACACCGACACCGGCUCCAAGACGGCCGACCCCUACACGCAGAAGAACCUCGAGGAGCCCUCUCUUAAGGAGAAGUGCGAGGACCUGCUCAACUUUGUCGACAAGACCAAGUUCUGCCUGUUGACCACACAGGCCGCAGACAGCGAUCUCUUGGCCUCAAGAGCCAUGGCCGUCGCUGCAAAGGAGGGACACGGCUUCGACCUCCUCUUCCACACCAACACCGAGUCCGGCAAGACCGACGACCUCAAGGAGCACAAGUCCGUCAACGUCGGCUUCAUCAACAACUCGGGCGAGUGGGCAUCCAUCUCCGGCCACGCCUCCAUUGAGACAGACCGCGAUGUUGUCCGCAAGCACUACUCACCAGCGCUCAAGGCCUGGAUUGGCGACCUGGGUGACGGCAAGCACGACGGUGGCCCAGAGGACCCGCGCAUUGGCAUCAUCCGCGUCAAGGUCAGCACCGCACAGUACGCCGUGUCGAAGCGAACACAGAUUGGCGGUCUUGUUGAGCUAGCGAAGGGCAUCGCGACUGGUGAGGCACCAAACGUCAACAAGCUGAGGCAUCUUGACGAGGCCGAGAUCCAGCAGUACAGGUCGCAGUAGAUGUAGAUUGGUCAGUCUCAAGAUACUCCGGAAAGGGGAAACAUGUAGAAGCAUGAUGACCCAGAAGUAAUCAAAUAAUAAACAUACUUCCCACCACC